UCAUGAAGCCUGGGUGAGAGUUUCCCUUUUUCCUUUCUCGCGGGUAUGUCAAGCCGUUGUUCGACAGUUAAUUGUGGUUUUUCGCUCUUCCGCUAAUAGUUCCCUCUAUCUACACAGAAUAUAAAUUCUGCAAGAUCAUCCAUUUACCGUUGUGAAAGAGAGAAACUUGGAGGGUUUUUCAGUAUCCUAAGGCGAAAGCCCACUCUCUUUCGAAUCUCACAGGCAAUGCCCCAACGAGUACAGAAGAAAAAGACUAGAGGUUGCUGGAAGGGUGGGAUUCGUUGUUCCUUUAAUUGAAACUAUUUCUUGAAGAGGAAUACAGAGGAACCCGCGUAGGUAGAGUUUAGAAAGAGAUACAGGAAGUGGGGUUGAACCGUGGAACGUUUUAGGGUUUUCGAUAAAGAUGACGGAAGUGAUUCUGCAUAUAUAUGAUGUUACCAAUAGCGACUCAGAGAAGACGAAUAGCACAAUCGUUCAGAUCAAUAAGAUCUUCAAGGAUGGGAUUGGUCUCGGUGGUAUAUUCCACAGCGCAGUUCAGGUUUAUGGAGAAGAUGAAUGGUCAUUUGGAUUUUGUGAGCAAGGUACUGGGGUUUUCAGUUGCCCCUCCAUGAAGAAUCCAAUGUAUACAUAUCGUGAAUCAAUUGUUCUAGGGGUAACUGAUUGUUCAAUUCUCAAAUUAAAUCAAAUAAUAAGAGAACUUAGCAGAGAGUGGCCUGGAAUUUCGUAUGACCUGUUAUCCAAAAACUGCAACCAUUUCUGUGAUGAAUUCUCUGAAAGGCUUGGUGUGCCUAAACUUCCAGGUUGGGUUAAUAGGUUUGCAAAUGCUGGGGACUCAGCUAUGGAAGUGGCCGAAAAUACAGCCAUACGGCUUCGUCAAGCUAGAACAGAGAUUGUAUCAGCAAGCAAAGUAGCAUACCGGUUCCUGUUGGGUGUUACUAGUGAUGUCAGAGGUGAUUCAGGCCCCUUGAGCAACUCAAACAAUGAAGGGCCACCGAGAUUUCAAGCUACUUGGUUUAAAAAUCUGAUUACUACUGGUGCUAAGCCAUCGAGUAGUUCAGAAAUGCAGAAUCUGGAUGAGCGUGAGCAGCUCCAACAAAGGCAAGAAGAUGAUGGAAGGGCACUGCAUCGUCAUAAUUCAUCUUCACAUGAUAUUGAUUGAAGGACUAGUCUCUGUUAAAAGCUUAGGUUUUCAGAAUGCUGUGUAUUGUAUUUGUACGUCAAUUGUAUGAAUUCCUCAAAUACAUAGGUCAAACAAACAGUGCAUAUUCGGUGUUGUUCUAUAGGCAAGAUGUAUCUAGUGCCAAAUUCCUAAUCAUCCCUAUUGUUUAGAAAAUUUAUGAAAUUAGAUUUAAUACAUUGUAAUUUAAAUAUUGAGUUGUAGCACUAAGUAAAAAGCAUAUGACUUGAUUAAACGAAUUUUGAAAA